UACUCAUAUUUGAUAAAAUAUCUGCUUCAAACCAUUUGCUAUAGCUGUCAGUCAUAACAAAAAAGGUCUUCCCUUAAAACGGUCCUGCAAAAUCAACAUGGACAUGAUUCCAUGGCUUGUCAGGUAAAACCCGUGUGUGUUGAUCUCUCGGUGUAUUGUUUCUCACGGCCUGACACAACUCACAGACAGUUACCAUAGACUAUCUGCGCGUCCAUACCGACACACUAUACGUAUCCUCUAGCAUAAGCUUUCGUCUGGACCAUUCCAGCAUGCGGUGCAUGCAAUACCUUUAAUACCCGUUGUUGUAAAGAAGUGGGUAUAAUGAUUAUUACACCACAAUUAACACUUUACGUGAAAGAGCGUCUCUUUGUGUCCAACACGGCUGGAGUGUGGAGUCAGUAUUUUUGCAAGCCCAACUAUGUAGCACAUGAAAUAAUACCUUUUAUAGUACAGGGUCUUUUUUAGUCUCAGCAUCGAUUUUCGCUGCAUCCAAGCAGGCGCGGUCGCAGCCAAUAAUUUUUAUUGCACAAUACACAAUUUUAUUGCACACAUAAAACAAAUUGAAGUAUUCGUAUUCUAUUGUUAUCGGCAAAUUGGGUGAUAAUAUUCGAGACGUCUGGGGCUAUCUCUGGAUGAAUAUUUAGAAGAGCUAAACCUGUCAGCCUCUCUUCUAACAUUUGCUUUAAUUUACUCUCAACCAAGUUUUCACAUGCCUUAGCGUAGAAAAUGAGCUCUUUGAUGUCGCACCGCUUAUAGGAAGAGUUGCCAGAAUUUUCAGCAGUCUUUUUAUAUUUGAGUAGAGAUCAUCUUCGCAAACUUCGAUUGUAGAAACACUUCGGAAAUUUUGUAUCAGUAUUUUCUUUGUGCUCCCGUUUCCACUUUGAAAUACAUAACUGAUACUCUGUAACGAGUGUGGCAGCAAGAACACCUAAGAAAUGGGAAUAACAUUGUGAUACUUUCUUCACAAUAAGAAGAUUUAUUUCUGUAUAUUCAGAUUUUGGCAUAAAAAUGACUAAUCCGAACAGGUUCAUCAUCGUAUCCGCAGAAAGUCGUUCCUGUAGGUCAGUCAUUAUACUAUCUAUAUAUAAUUAUCGCGAAGAGUCUUUCAGUAAUUUUUACAUUUUUCAAAUUGACGUGUACGAUUUUGGGGGGGUCAUGUCCCCUGUGACCCUCCACUUCGGACCGCACCUGUAUACGCUCCGUACACUCGCGUCCUUGGGCGGUUCUCACCGCCCAGAACAUCGAACGAUACGAGUUGGCCGUUAGACAACGUGUACUGUAAACUGUUCUCAGAGUCAUCGUUAUGCAAGUAACGAUGCAGAGUAAUAAAAAUUCACCCUUUAUUUAGCUCAGAGUCCAAUAGGGCUGUAAAAGCCAAAAUGCUAACAGCACAAACAUCAUCAGAAAGCAGAGACUUUCCAUACCUGCGAGUGCAGAUGACAUCACACGCUGGAAGAUUCCAGAAGCUGCGUCUACUCCAAAUGCUAGCAGGUUCAUCUUCAUUAACCCUAACGGAGUAUUAAGUCUUAACAAUUUAGCUGUGUCCUCGUCCACUUUCAUCUACAUGUAAGCUUGUUUUAAAUCAAUCUUACUAAAAAUUCUUCCAUCACUUAAUUUCACAAAAAAACUCAUUUGCAGCUGGUAAUGGAAAUGUAUCAGUCUCUAUGGUUAAAUUAACAGUUGAUCGGUAGUCACCACAUAUUCGAAGCGACCUUUUUUACAAUUCUUAAUGGAGUAGCCCAUUUGGAGUAUUUUACAGGUGUUAAUAUCCCGUCAUUCACCAUACAUGUCAAUUGUUCCUCAACUUGUUUUAUCAGAGGAAACGGUACAGGACGUGCAUUCAAAAACCAUGGCAAGGCACCAACUCGCACAUUUAACGACACUGUUUUUUCAUUUCACACCUGUUGCCUUUAGAGGCAGAGGUGGGGGAACUAACCACAGCUUAUAGUAUGUAUCUUCAGCCAUGAUUGUCCUUGAAGCACCUCAGUCCACUUCCAUGCUAACCUUCACACCAUCGAUAAUAACAUCUGCUUUAAAUAGUGGUCGAAUAUUAUCUGAGCAGACCCAUAUACCUGUUCAGAUGUUUCAUUUCUAUAUCUGAAGUUGAACUUUCCUCCACCUGGUGCAACUUCCCAGAUUUCUUCAUACAGGCCGGCGCAAUAUGUCCAAACUUCUUAUAAUAAAAUAUUUUGCUUUUAUAAAAGGACACCUUUCGCAUUCGCUGUGCGACCGUGCACAAUGGCAACAUGUGAUCGCUUUAAUUUUACCAAUAUCCAUAGAUCUAUAUCUGUGCACGGAAUUUGCUUCAGCAUACUUGUUUCCAGGUACAAAUCCGAGAAUGUGCCUUGAUAGUUAAGGCUCAAUUGUACUGCUAAGUACAAUUGAGUAAGAAGAAGAUGAUAAGUAAGAUUUUUCGUCUUUAACAAUUCGCGACGGAGACGCUCGUCACGUACUCCUAACACUAAUCGGUCCCGUAGCUGUCUUUUUAAGUCCAUAAAGUCCAUAAAAUUACACCUGGAAGCCAGAGAGCCCAUGGCCGCUAUAAAGUCUAUAAUACUACUUUAAUACUUUCAUUAUGAUUUUGUUCAUGUUUAUGGAAUUUAUCGGUUUGUAAAAUUUCAUUCACUUGAGGUUUAUAGAAUUGGUCAAGCACUGCCUUUAAAUGUCACAGAAGUCUGUCUUCUAGGCACCAAUAAUGAAAUGUUAAUGAAUAUGUUUCCUUUCCGCAUUGUGAUAGAAAAAGGGCGUGCGCUUUGUCUACACUAUCACCAAUUACAUCCGUGGGAUCCAGAGCACACAAUAAACAUUAUUUAUAUUCACAUCAAUUGUCAGUCCUGGGAUCAAUUUUUUCGGGAAACACCACAUUUAGCUAGACUAAUUUAUUUUCCUUAGUCGCCAUUAAAAUAUACACGCCAGAUCAAGUUUCAAAACUUGAUCUGGCGUGUAUCAUAUCUACCUUCCACAGAUGUUAUAAUUUUACCCUCAACAUUAUCAAUACAUAACGGGGACCUUCAAGAAGGCCGGCCACAUACAUACGGAAUUCCGUUUCGAUAUUUCGAUUCGGAAUUCCGAACGCAGCAAGUCCAUAUAAAAUCUAUGACCCGCCACACACGUACGGUAAUUCUCCGUACGGAAUUUUCUCCGAUUCGAGAUUCCGUAUGACCGCCUGUGCGUUCGGAAUCCCGAACGGAAAAAAGCCUCUCCGAACGCAAGUCUUCCAUAGAUUUUGUAUGAGUCGGAACACAUUCGUAAAAAUUCCGUACGGAACGCGCUCAGUGUUCGUCGCACGACCGAAGCGAGUAGAUGUGUUUAUGUAUGUUUUUACAUUUAAUCUUAUAUGGGUAUAGCUUUUCGUAACCUUUCAUCUUAUUUAAUUUAAUAAUUCUUCGAGAGGGUUUACAUACAUCCAUAUUUAUUAAAUAUCUCUGGAUAGAUAGAUAUUUUUACAUAAUAUUGACUAUAUUGCAAGCUUAGGGUUUAUAAGGGGAUACACCUAGUAAGAAUGAUACAGCAGCAAUGGAAUCGCAAUCAGAAAAUCGUCGUCAAUAUUCGCUGGCAGAAUGUCUAGACUCAAUGGCUAACGUCUCUCAACUGUACCCUUGCGUAUGUGUGUGAUGCAUUCACGGAAUCCCGAAUCGGAAUAUCGAAACGGAAUCCCGACCUUAAAGAACCUAAUUUUUUUUAAGCGCGACAACGCACCUGCGAUUGAUUCUCUUGGUGUUGCAGUUGUUUAUGGGCAACAGACAACAUUUACCAUCAAAUCAGCCGCAUGCUUGUUUGUUACCUCUUUUAUAAAAGUGUGUACCAGUACCAGUACAAAGAAGUGCUGGGGGCCUACUACGAAGUGUUUAUAAAACUUGGCAAGUUCCGAGCAGUUCAGUUUCUGAGCUUAAACUGAAAUGCUUUAUUUGGUACUAUGAACUACGCUUAGCUCAACUGUUUUAAACCCAUAUAACGGCUUUGAUCACGGGUUAGCGUUGUCUCUGUCUUGUUUUGGCUAACCGUUCGAGUGAGAGGACGCUAUACAAAUGUUAUAUAAGUUUAUCUCUUUAAUUUUAAGGUCUGUCUGAAAGUGAAACCUAUAUUCUUGUAGUUUUUUAAUACUAAAUAAAUUAACAAUGUAUUAAAUUAUUACCAUUUGAAAUGAGGUAGUAAUAUGCUUUUAAGAUAUUCAAACAUAACAAAAACCUUUUUUUGUUUCUACGGGUUUUGUUUAUUAAUUUACGAUGACGACGAGGAAUUAAAGUGGCUUUUUGAAUAUGUGUUUUCAAUUUGAGAUGUGAUUGAUGGUGUAAAGUCACUUAAGUCGAGGCGAAAUUUAGUUUGUGUGCUCUUUUUGAGAAUUUAUUAUAAUAUGUUUGUGUGUCAAGUGGAUAAUAAAUUAGUUACCAUGUCCAUUUUAAACGUAAGCACCCUUCGUACCGUAAUAUUUUAAUGGAAUUGUGUGGUUUCGUUAAGAAUAAAGGCGAAAUGUGAUUUCAUUACUAAAGAAGCAAUGGCUGAAGUACAACGUCGUCAUCGCGUAACAUACUCUCAAUUAGAAAUCCUAUGGGAGUUUUUAAAUUCCAAUAGGGAUGUUGCAGUGGGCUUUAAUAAAAGUGCACAAGCUCGAGAAACUUCCCGCCGCAUGUGGGAGAAGGUAGCCCAAACCCUCAAUUCAUUUGGAGAUGGUGCCGUUAAGGACGGAAAAGGCUGGUCUGCCGUAAGUAUUAUAUGAGUAAAUUUUUAUCAUUGUAAUUUUUUUUCUGUCUAUGGACUGUUGAAGUUGAAAACGCAUAUUAUUUAUAUGAAUAUUCAAAAUAGCUUUCAUUUUUUCAGUACUGGAUUGAUUACAAGGGGAAGCUGAAGAAGCGGUGUGCUACUAUUAGAUCUGCGCAAUCUCGAACUGAUGGAGAGACUAACUUUAGAAAAGAAGUUUUUAAAUAUUGUAGGUGAAGAUUUUGGUUUGGGCCUUCCUGGUAUUCGUGUAAAUCCAUUUGAAGAUUCAAAUAUUAAUGCUGCAUCGACUUCAGAUAUGUCCCAAAUACCACUACAGGAGGUCCAACAGUCCUUGGAACAAGAAGUUGUUCUUAAUACCAUUGAAAUCAUUGAAGGUGUUAAUCUCAGGAGUUCACUGGUUCAAGAGCAGCAACAGCUAGAGACUGAAAGUGAACCACCAGUACUUGUAGACGUACAUGCUCCUGAGCCUUGUAUAUCUCAUACUGCACCUACAAGUAGUCUAGAGGCACAUCCCACACAAGCGGUUUCUGUUGCACCAACUGGAGGUGAACAACAACAAAGAAGACGACGCAAUCGACGUGUGCGUAUUACUCAGGAAGAAGCAAGAAGAGCCUUGGUUGAAACGUCCCAAUUGCGGGCUGAAACGGAGGCUCGUAAUAGCCGCAAUAUUACGGAGUUCGUGCAAGUUCUUCAUCGAAUUCAAGAUGUUUUGGAACGCAUUGAGAGAAGGUUGCUCUCCGACAUAUCCAUGGGUGAUUGAUAAGGUUACUUCUGACCGUUAUGCCUUCUCGGAGCUCUGGAUUUUGUGCGGCCCUAGAAUUUACUGCAGAAUCCUGGCAGGGAGAAGUUAAUCGUUGCGAUUCAUGCUCAUACAAAGCUGCUUCUGGCUGCAGCUCUUCUACACUGACAUUAGUCUUAUUGCAUAUGUUGUGCAAUAUCACACAUGCAUUUAUAAUAGAAGCCACCAUGUGAGGCUCAUAAUGUAACACUAUGCACUAGGAGACAUCUGAAACAUGGCAAUUAUGUAUAUUAUGUACCUAUCUAUUUAUUAUUAUGUAAAGUCAUUACCAAGAAGCAUAUCGUCUCGUUUGUGCCGAGGCCUUCCAUGUGUGCCCAUAUAAAAGCAUCAUGUGAAGCUCCCCAAACUUGCGUCUACACUGAUUAUAUCCAUGUCUAUAUUGCAUAUCUAAAAUAUUAAUUCAAAUAUAUACUUAGUGUUUAAAUGAUUUAUGUAUCAAUAAAAUUACAUUAUUG